GUUUGUUUCGUAAUGUGUUUUAUAUGCAAAUGAAUUGUGAUUUGUGGCCAAAAACAGUGGUGUUUAUUAUCAAUGAGUCUUCGGUUUAAUGUUUGUGUUCUUCAGGAAUUCGUUGAAUGCCAUCAAUAGGAAAAUGUCGAAAGUGAUUGAUCUCAACGAGACAAUUGAUUUGACCAUCGAUGACAUGAGCGAUAAGAUUGACGAUAGUAUCGACAAAGACGUGUCCGAUGGCGAAGACGAUAAUAAGGCUUCAAACGGUAGUAACAACGGGAAGGGUGUGACCACUCGUAACUCAAUGCGAAAGAGUGUCACCAAUGGUAUGACUGACGAUCAUAUUUGCGAUAAACUGCCGGCAAAUAAACCGAAGGCCAAGAAGAGGAAGAGGAACGCAACGAAUGCCACACAACAAGCGAACGGCGAUUCUUCGAGCUCUACAACGAAAGCCAAAUCAGAUAAAAGUGGUCCCAAGAAGUACUGCAAACCUCAGUACAAAUUCUCCUAUUGGUUGCGAGAAGACCACAGAUCUCCCAUAUUUGGCGUCCAAUUUAACCAACACUUACCCGACGGUCACAACUAUUUUGCAACCGUUGGCAACAAUCGGGUCUCCAUUUAUGAAUGUAUUAAUGACGGAACCAUUAGUUUAGUCCAAUGCUAUGCCGAUACGGACGCCGACGAGAGCUUCUAUACGUGCGCCUGGAGUUACGACGACGUGACGGGUGUCCCGCUAUUGGCCGCCGCCGGCAGUCGAGGCAUUAUCCGUAUUAUAAGUAAUACCGCUCAACAGUGUAUCAAACACUAUAUCGGACACGGCAAUGCUAUCAAUGAUCUCAAAGUGAGUCCAUUGGAUCCAAACCUCUUACUAUCGGUGAGCAAAGACCAUACGUUAAGACUGUGGAACAUAAAGACCGACCACUGUGUGGCCAUUUUCGGUGGCGUCGAAGGACACAGGGAUGAGGUGUUGUCCGCCGACUUCCAUCUGCGCGGCCAUCGGAUAAUCAGCUGCGGAAUGGAUCACUCGCUGAAGAUCUGGUCACUG